AUGGCCCAGACAGAGGAGCCGUGGCUCAUCAAACUCCACGACGAAUGGAUUUCUUCCAAUGGCAGCGAGGAAGGGGUUGUUGAACAUGAUUUUGCUCUCAUUAUCAAGGACUUGCUUCUGGCUACAAUCUGCCCGGUAGACGCUGCAAGGGUAAUUGACACCUACUACUGGGACAGAAAUCUCGACUCGGGCCCUCUCUUCAAAUACCAUCCUGAUGGAGUGGGAGGAGUCGAGGGAGCGCUCUAUGAAAUCAUCCUCGAUGCGGUUGAACUUCUCUCCUAUAAAGAUAACAGGCAAGAAGAUCUAGCGCAUCUCGUUUUAGAACUGCAUAGGAUUCCGCCAAAGCCUUUCAAGCGCUGGAAUGUAUGUCCUGCACUUUUCCCCCUUGAUUAUAUCUGA